AUGCAGCUCGCCACAGCUUCCUCCGCACCUCCUUUCCCCACCCCACUCCCCAAAGCCCUUCCUCGCCCUGCGCCGUCCGCCUCCUCCUCCUCUUCCGCUCGGCUUCGAGCUGCGUCCGUCUCCGGACCGGAGCUCGCGUCCCGCGGCUUCGCGGUGCGGCGCGACGCGGAGGCCUCAGACGUGGCGCCCAUAACGACGGUUCGGCGCGCGGGUUCGGCUUCCCCCCGCCGCGACCCCCGCGCACUUCCGCCGCGCCCGUCCGCCGCCGGCGGCGCCGGCGGCGCCGUCGUGUGGUCCGCCCGUCAGCCGUCGCGGUCGGGCGGCGCGCCCGGUGCGUUCGCAGAGCGGCGACGGGGACGGCUGUUUCAACGCGGUGUGUGGAGCGUGGUGUGGAAUCCGUCGCAACCAGGGCUGGCCGAGGCCGCGCUCGUGGGGAGCGCGUCGUGGCGAGCUACCGCCGCAAGGCGUCGGCAAACAUCGCGCUCUACGCCGAGCCCCGCGUCGUCGGCUCUAUACCGCCCCCUGGGCUCGCCGCGGACCCCGACGGGAUCCGCGCAUGGUCUACUCCCGUAA